GAAAAUGGGAACGCCAGCAUAUUAUUAAACGGGAGCAAGCAACUGUAGAAGUUCGUUUCGUUGUUGGCCAAGGCUGAGUUGUCAAACUGAUGUCUUAAAAAAUUAAUUAAGAAAGCUCAUUUAUUGUCGUAAUCAAAUCAAAUACCUUGAAUUUCUUCACUUUGAUUUCUUGUUUAUCCAAUUUUGCCUCGUUGCUUGAUUUCUAAGAAAUAUGUCCAAUUCCGACGAUACAGCGCCCAAAACACAAUUCGAGUCGUCUCCGUCGGCACUUCCCCCACCGAUGGCUCCUGAGGUGGCCGGUGCCGACACCGAGGCAGGAACGGGAUUCGGGAUUGGGGCAAUCACUAGGCGAUGGAGAAGGGAAGCGAUUUUGCAGAGAGGAUCACUGGCUUUGAGAGGAUUGGGUCUGUUGUUCUCUUUGCUUGCUUUUCUUGUAAUGGCCAGCAACAAACACGGCGAUUGGAAGAAUUUUGACAGAUACGAAGAGUACAGGUAUUUAUUGGCAAUAGCAAUACUUUCGACUCUGUACACGGGUGGACAAGUGCUGCGACAUAUUCAUGAGCUUUCAACCGGAAAAUUUUUGCUUCAGCAACGGACUUCUGCUAUGGUAGACUUCUUUGGUGAUCAGACUAUCUCCUACUUGUUGAUAUCUGCGGCUUCUACAGCAGUUCCCUUGACGAACAGGAUGCGGGAAGGUGCAGAUAACAUAUUUACAGACGCUUCAGCAGCAGCCAUUAGUAUGGCAUUCUUUGCGUUCUUCGUACUGGCUUUAUCGUCUAUGGUUUCAGGAUACAAGUUAUCUACUCAAUCUUACAUAUAAUUUAGGCUUGUUUUUUGGCUUCUAUUCUUUAUUUGUUGAUUGCUUAUCAGCAAACUUCUAAAUUCAAUGAAAGUAAAUUCUACAUGUGUGUAUGUUGAAUACAUAGAGAGUGAUGUAAACAACAUACCCUUCUUUUAUUUGUAUUUAAUUAUUUUUUUGGGUAGUUUCCUUU